CACACCUGCUGCUGCUGAAGAAGAAGAAGAAGAAGAAGUUUAUUUCCGGCUGAACGCUAUUGGUUGAAAACAACUCGUGGCUUUUAUAACUCGCUUACGCAAAAUGUUUUGUAACUUCGACGUGUUGUUGUGACCUGUAGUGUGUUUGUUCCUGGCUAAAGUUCAGAUAAGUCCUGCAGGAAACUUAAAAAAUACAUUUAAGGUGUAGCUGUGUUGCUGUAGCUUCUUCCCGGCACUAGCAGCAGGAUGUCUCCGGUGCCCAAAGUGAGACUGUCCGGAGGUCUGGAGAUCUGCCGGGUGCUGAACGGGAUGUGGCAGGUGUCCGGGGCACACGGGACCGUGGAUAAUGCCAAAGCAGUGGAGGCCAUGCAGGCCUACGCAGAUGCUGGUCUGACCUCAUUUGACAUGGCAGACAUUUAUGGGCCUGCAGAGGAAAUAUUUGGACAGUUCAACAGCCAGUGCAAAUCGUCUGGGAAGGACGUCCCAGCUCUGCAGAGUCUGACCAAAUAUGUGCCGCGACCAGGACCAAUGGACCGCAAGGUGGUGGUGAAGGCGCUGCAGCGCUCCAUGGACCGCAUGCACGUGGACAGUCUGGACUGUGUUCAGUUCCACUGGUGGGACUAUAGAGACAAAAGAUACCUGGACGCACUGGGACACCUGUCCGACCUGCAGCAGGAGGGAUUUAUACGUACGUACACUGAGGUACACAGCAGAUCCCGUAGACUCACAGAUUUGUUCGCAGGAUGAUAUCACUGACGUUUGUUUGGAAAUUGCAACAUAUUCAUUUUUUAUAGGCUGCAUUUUAUGUAUAUUUGAGAGGAGUUCAUUCUUGACCUGCAAAUGGUAAUUUGACAAUCAGUCAAGGUCCACUUACUAGCCAGAGCUUUCAACUGCAUCUCAUGGGUGUCACCAGCUGUGAUUCAAUAUUAAUCUUAACACAAGGUCCACUUACGUGUGCCUUCCAAAGCUUUCAACCACACUGCAGCAGCUCUGUCUGCUGAAUGUUUCACAUGUUUGGUGCAUUUUUAUUUAUUUAAUUUGUUGAUAUUUUAUUAUAUAUUAUAACUCGGUUUACUGUUAAAAAUAGAAAAAGUGCUACCAUGUAUUUACUGUGACUGUCAACUUUGUUGUUCAUCUACGAUCAAAUCACAACCAAAAAUGUUAUUCGCUUAUGUUGAAAACAUAUUUGGAAGUAUUAAUUGUUGUUCGAUAAUUUUAACACUUGAAUAUCAAUAUAAGCAGCGGACUGAAACCGGGCUCUGAUGCUCAUCACACACACACACCUUAAAGGAUUCACACACACACCUCAGUACAGUAUGUCUACAUCAGGGCUCAGGAACCUUUUUGGCUGGGAGAGCCAUAAAAGCCAAAUAUCUUUAAAUGUAUUUCCUUGAGAGCCAUAUAUUUAAUAAAAUUGAGUUUUAAGUAUCCGAGUACUAAAAGCGCUAUCAGUGUUUCCCCUACCAUUGUCUGUGCCCCCCUCCCCAACAGA